AUGGCAUCUGAGGGCAACUCGGGUACAUCUACCCCCAAUUCACGCUUCACAACCCAGGCAAAGACGGCCGACGACAUCCUUUCGGCGCAAACUGUUGGUCUUGUCCAACUCGACGACUUCCGCAAGCGACGCGCAGAUGCUAUAGAUGCAAAAGAGCGAGAAGCACUCGAGUCUGGUCGCGCCACUCCUAACAGUGCCUCAGAUAGCCCUGACCCGACAUUCAAGCCCUCAAAGAAGAAGCGCAAAACUGUCAAGAAGGGUGCCCUGUCGUUUGGAGACGAUGGCGACGAUGAUAUGAACACCCCGAACGAAUCGUUCAAGUCUCGCUCCAACACACCUGCAGCUACAAGAGAGGAAACCGCACAAGACGAGGAACAACCCAUGAAAAAGCGCCUUGCUGCGAACUCAAACGUUGGUUUCAUGGCCAAGUCCAUGACAAAGUCAGCUCUGCUGCGGGAGGCACAGACACGGGAGCAGCUUCGAAAGGAGUUUCUCGUCAUGCAAGAAGCAGUCAAGCAGACCGACUUUCUGCUCCCCUUUGUCUUCUACGACGGUACCAAUAUCCCCGGUGGCCAAUGCCGCAUGAAGAAGGGAGACAUGGUCUGGCUCUUCCUCGAUCGUGCGAGAAAGGUUGGCGCAGAGGUUGGAGGCAGCGACAAGGCUCGACGCGAAUGGGCCCGCGUGGGCGUCGACGACCUGAUGCUGGUAAAGGGCGAUAUCAUCAUCCCUCAUCAUUAUGAGUUCUACUAUUUCAUGGUCAACAAGACGAAAGGCUACAAUGGAUCCCUGUUCGCUCACUCUGCCGAACCCACAGCGGCCACUCCCGUGGAUUCCUCGGCUUCGACUGCUACGGGUGGUCUGUCCGUGCCAACGGCACCAUCAAAGACGCCAAAGACGCAGACGCUGUCACCCGCAGUUCCUGAUGCAGACCUCGAGGGCUUCGGCUCAGACCCAAACUCGACAAAGGUCGUCGAUCGACGCUGGUACGAGAAGAACAAGCACAUCUUCCCCGCCAGCACAUGGGAAGAUUUCGACCCAACAAAGGACUAUACCAAUCAUGUGCGCAAGGAUGUCAACGGUAAUGCUUUCUUCUUUUCGUCGUGA